AGUUACUCCGUGCUAUCGAACAGCUUUGCAUGAACAACGAGAGGGAUUUUCCAGCUGUGUGGUAAGACUUGAGGAUGAGCCACUGAUUCCCUAUAAUUAAAGCGCUGCGCGUGUCAAGAGGGGCUUCCUCGUUCAUUCUAUACAAAUCACCUGUCGCUCUGAUCUCACCUUGCGACCGUACAGCCUUGCGGGUGCAUUGAACUCCUACUCACGAGAUACGACAUAUAACACAGAGAUACUUGGUCUGAACCUGUAUUCGACGUCGAUAUAAUCUGCCUUCUCUUUCCAGCAACCCCCCCGUACCUCUCGGAGCUUGAGCCAGCUUCCCGAUCGCGGCCCUUUUGAUAAUACACCUCUACACGGGCGUCUAAAUACACAUCACCUCCAUUGAGAACGACAGAACUCCGACCGCAAUGGCGCGAGGCGAAGACAACAAUGGCACAGUGGCCAUGCCCCGACUGGAAGAUAUCCUCCGGUACCCGGAGGACCUGGACAAGAUCGUCGCCCUGAAGGCCGAGUAUUCACGGAAGAAGGGCGCUGUCGACGCGCAGCUGCGCGAGGGGCUCCGGGACCAGCUGGAGUCCGUCCAGCGCAGCAUCAACGCGCUCACCGAGGGCCAGCGGCAGGUGUCCAAGACCAAGGACGAGCUGCAGGGCAUCGACAAGCUGUGCGCCGAGUCCCAGAACAGCGUGGAGGACUUCUCGCAGAUCGACAAGCUGGCCAAGGUGCAGCGGAACUUCGAGGCGACGCUCACAAUGAAGAAAGGGCUGGAGAUGUUCAGCGAGAACCUGGCGGUGGUCGAGGAUCUCCUGCGGGAGGACGACGACGACCUGGAGAACCAGCCGAACCUGCUGAAGGCCCACAUGCAGAUCUCCCGGCUGCGCGACUUCCGGGACGAGGCGAUGGAUCAGAUCCGCAAGGCGCAGGACUCGAGCAGCGAGCAGACGCUGGGGGACUUUUUCCAGGGCCUGGAUUCCGUAAUCGACUGGUUCGAUGAUCAUCUGGGCACGGCCUGCAUGAACCUCAUUCCGCUGGUGCAGUCGGACAACCCGGGCAUGGUCGUUCGGCUGGCGGUGGUGGUGAUGAACGAAGAGAAGAACGACGAGACGGUGCGUGCGCUGCAAGAGGCGCAGAAGGACCACCAGGACCUGGCCGAUCGGUUCAAAUCGAUGAACGUGGGGCCCAAGACCGUGCGGGGUUACAAGGAGAAGUUCCUGAAAGCAAUUGAGUUCUAUGCCCAGAACCAGUUCGAAGAGGCUAAGGAGGAGUUCCUAGCCAACCCCGACAAUCUGGACAAGAGCUUCCGGUGGUUCUUUAACGAUCUUUACACGGUUCAGCAAGGCAUGCAGCCGCUGAUGCCGAAGAAGUGGAAGAUCUACAAAACGUACACGAACAUGUAUCAUCGCAUGAUCCAUGAUCUCUUCAUUGGGAUGAUCAACGACCCGGAGCUGCCGGCCGACAACCUGCUCGCGAUCAUCCACUGGACGGAGAAGUACUACAAGAAGAUGGCCAAGCUGGGCUGGCAACCGGCCGACCUCCAACCCAACCUGCUCGACGACCGCGAGCCCGAGCUGAUCCGGCAGUGGCAGAACAUCAUCAUCCGCGCCGUGGAGGACUGGACGCAACGGAUCGCCGAAACGGAGAAGAAGAAUCUCGUGGAGCGGAUCCCAGACUCGCUGGACACCAAUCCGGAAGGCUGCUUCCGGACCAAGACGCUGCCCGACAUGUGGCGGAUGCUGCACGAGCAGAUCAUGGCGUCGGGGGCCUCGUCGCGGACGGACGUCGUGGAGGGCAUCAUCGACGCCAUGUUCGCGGUGCUGAAGAGCCGGCAGACGGCGUGGCAGGCGCUCGUGGACGAGGAGUGCGCCAAGUACAAGGCGCCCGGCGGGGAUCAGCUCGAGGGGCUGCAGCUGCUGCAGGACUGGCUGAUCGCGAUCGCGAACGACCAGAUCGCGUGCAUCGACGACAACGAGGAGACGGGCCAGCUGGGCUACCUGACGCGGUUCAAGCGGGACUUCGAGACGAUCGUGGACCCCAAGUACAUGGCGGGGCGGGCGCUGCCGGAGCUGGAGGCGCUGCGCGACGGCUACGUCGACCUCAGCACCCACUGCCUCAACCAGUUCGUCGAGCUCAUCUUCGCCGUCGACUUCCGCACCACUAUCCCGGACUUCUUCACCCCGAAGUGGUACGGCGACUUCGCCGUCAAGCGCAUCACCUCCACCUUCGAGGACUACAUGGCCGACUACACUCCCGUGCUCCACCCCUCCCUGAUCGACAUCCUCGUCGAGGAGCUCUCCGACGAGCUCCUCGUCCGCUACCUCGCCUCCGUCCGCAACCGCGGCGUCAAGUUCCGCCGCCACGCCGACCCUUACACCGACAAGUUCAAGGACGACGUCCUCACCGUCUUCGCCUUCUUCCAGAACUACCCGGACUCCUUCGCCGGCACCAUCAAGCAGAGGUGGCGCCUCGUCGACUGGCUCGUCCGCCUGCUCGAGGCCGACAAGGGCCCCGCCCUCGUCGCCGUCUACGAGAGCUUCAAGACCGAGUACUGGGACCUGCAGCUCUCCUGGGUCGAGGCCGUCGUGCGCACCCGCGACGAUUUCGAGCGCAGCAUGGUCAGCGCCAUCAAGGCCAAGGCCGCGGAAUUGUCGGUCGAACGGGGCAUGGAGACGCUCAUGAGCAAGGUCCGGUGAUUUUUUUAUGGCAUUUUCUUUUGUUGUCGGCUUGCUCUCCCGGCCUUGGACAGAAAAGGGAGCCGGCUGGCAAUGUUCGGUGGCAUUUUCUGGUUGUCUGUUUCCAGCGUGGCGUUUUAGGUG